AUGCCGUUCGGCCUAAAAAAUGCCCCAGCCACCUUUCAACGAUUGGUGAACACUGUUUUUGCAAAACAACUCGGGAGCAAUAUAGAAGCCUAUAUUGAUGAUAUGAUUGUAAAAAGCAAGCAAAAGGUGGAUCACCUCGGCGAUUUGCGGGAGACCUUUGAGACCCUUAGGGCUUACCAAAUGAGACUCAAUCCAAAGAAAUGCAUUUUCGGAGUCUCUUCUGGCAUGUUCCUUGGCUUUUUGAUUGAUGAGAGGGGCAUUGAGGCCAAUCUUGACAAAGUACAGGCCGUCAUCACUAUGACAUCGCCAAAAACUGUUAAAGAUGUGCAACGCUUGACUGGCUGUCUUGCCGCCUUGGGACAACUUUUGUCUAGAGCUGGAGAUAAGUGUCAUUACUUUUUCAGUACCAUAAAAAAGGGUACCCAGUUUGAAUGGACGCCACAGACAGAGGCCGCCUUCCUUCGUUUAAAAGAGCAUCUGCACACUCUGCCGCGGCUAGUCAGCCCUCUCUCAGGGGAGGUUCUGUGUCUCUACCUUGCCAUCUCAGACUACGCUCUAAGCGCCGUCCUACUUACAGAGAGGGAUGGGAUGCAACUACCUGUCUAUUUCGUCAGCCACAUGUUGCAGAAUGCAGAUCUUAAGUAUCCAACUAUUGAAAAAUUCAGCUUCGCUCUGUUCCUGGCUAGCAAGAAGCUUCGCCCUUACUUCCUGGCCCAUCGGCUGAUAGUGUACACAGAUCAACCUCUCAAACGGCCAUUUACCAACCUGGAAGCGUCCGGGAGAAUGCUCAAUUGGGCAAUCGAGCUUAAUGCAUUUGAUAUUUCGUAUGAGCCGCGGAAGGCCAUAAAGGGACAGGCUUUUGCUGACUUUAUUGCGGAAAUGACUAGGCCACUCUACUUGAAAAAUGAAAAGACUCAGUGGGUGGUCCACGAGGAUAGCUCUGCCACCCAAAAUGGGUGUGGAGCCUGCAUUAUCUGUGAAUCACCAGAAGGGGAUGUCUAUGAAUAUGCAAUACGUUUUAACUUUCAGACGUCAAACAAUGAAGCUGAAUAUGAAGCCUUGAUAUGCGGAAUCCAAAUGAGCAAAGCAGCAGGGGCAGCAGAGGUCCUGGUGUUAUCUGACUCACAGUUAAUUGUCAGUCAAGUAAAGGGAGAAUAUGAAGCCAAGGAUGACGCCAUGAUAAAAUAUUUGGAAAAGGUCCACCAAGAAACUCAGCAGUUGACUAGCUUUGAAAUACAACACAUACCCCGGUCUGAAAACAGCAAGACAGACACCUUAUCCAAGUUGGCAAGCUCAGCAUCCUGCGACACACCACGUCAUGUAUUUUGGGAGGUAAAACAGUCCAAGAGCAUUGACGUCUUGAGAACAGACAUCUUAGACCGAACGACCACCUGGAUGGAUGAUAUUGUCAAUUUCAAAAUGAAUGGAGUGCUCCCUGAUGAUACCAAGCAGGCUAAAAGGUUACAAAAGAAAUGCGCCUGGUUCGAGAUAUGGAACGGGACUCUAUACAAAAAGGCUUUCUCACGGCCUCUUCUUCGCUGCGUAACCCCAGAGAACGGGCAUAAAGUACUAGAAGAUCUCCAUCAGGGAUUAUGCAGCUCGCACAUAGGGGGGAGGGCCUUGGCAGAAAAAGCUCUAAGAACUGGAUACUAUUGGCCCACCCUCAAAGAAGACGCUCUAGACUUGGUUAAGCGGUGUGAUAAAUGUCAACGGUUUGCUCAUCUAAUUCGACGGUCGGCCCAGAAACUAACACCAAUUACCAGCCCAAUACCAUUUGCUAAAUGGGGGAUGGACCUAUUAGGCCCUUAUACGACGGCACCAGGAGGACUGCGUUAUGUGAUAGUUGUCGUCGACUAUUUCACCAAAUGGGUAGAAGCGGAAGCCCUGAAAAAUACUAAGACACAGGACGUGAGAGCUUUCAUCUGGAAAAACAUCAUUACAAGAUUCGGCGUGCCUCAGUCCAUUGUCUUCGACAACGGGCCACAAUUCAAGACACCCAAAUUGGAGAACUGGUUGGCUGACCAUGGCAUCACGACGUCCAAACUAUAG